CGAAGACGGAAGUCAAUUUGCGAAAUGUUUUGAUGACCGAAAGAAGAUAAAUAGAACACUUUACAACUUAAAAUGACGUGUAAUUCUUAAUGUGAGAUUCUCACUUAUGACCUGACGAUGCCGGGCAAAUCCAGUAAGAAGGACCUCUACUUGGCGAAGACACUGUCCGACCUAAAUAAAUUCAGCGAAAUCAAAGAUCUGGGUCACAAUGUUAAUGUCAUUAUAAAGUCGGCUGACAAGAUGUAUAAGGAGGCUGAGAGACUGGACAGCCUGCAGGACGAGGAGCGGGCGUACGUCCUGUACAUGAAAUACUUCAACGUCAUCCAGCAAGCCAAGAAGAAACCUGACUACAAGAAACAGAAGGAAUAUUUUGACAGUUUAAUUGGAAAGAGGGCUAUUCUUAAAGCUAUAGACAGAGCAGAAAAACUGGCAGAAAGUUUGAAAGACAGAUACGAUGAAGUAGAAGCAGCGGCUGUUGCGGCCAAACUGUCGAAACUCCAUCUAGAGAGAGACAAGAAACAGAUUGAUGAUGUGGUGGACGAUGUUGUAGUAGAUAUGACAUCGUCAAACACUGACAAGAAACCAGGCGACUCCAGCUCAAACGAAGAGAAAGAAAACCAGUCUAAAACCGAGUUGACAAGAGGCAGCAUAACACCCAUGGAGCUGUAUAAGCUCCUACAAGACAAAGGUGUCACGGUCAUCCUGAUGGACGUCAGAUCGCGGAAAGAUUUCCAAGAGUCCCACAUUUCUCACCCCUCGAGUAUCAACAUACCAGAAGAAAUAAUUAAACCUGGAUCGACUGUUUCACAUAUUGCCAAUGCCUUGCCGUCGGAAUCGGUGUCGCUAUGGAAACAGAGAGACAGUGUCGACUACAUUAUUCUGCUAGACUGGGUUUCUACGGAGAAAAACCUCGAUGUUGGGACAACAUUACGAACUCUGAAAGAUGCGCUGUUUAGGUACGAUUCGACGGUGACCCUAAAGACGGAGCCUCUGAUCCUGGAGUCUGGCUACGAGCAGUGGCUUCUGUACUACCCAGUGAUGUCCACCAACCCAAGGGUGUCACGGCCAAGUCCUGACCAAUCAGUGGCCUCCAUGUCGGGCUUGGACUUCAAUUACCCUGACUUAGAUGAACCCAAAACCGUCCCUCCACAAGUUCAGAUGGAUCAAUCAGAGCCUAUGAAAGAACCCUCCAAUCAAAAUGUGCCUCACAAAUCGCGAUCGUUGCCCUCCGUUGACAGGUCACUAAAACCCAAGGCCAGCGGUUCGGGAAGCAGCAUCUCGCAAAACGCCUCACACGUGAGACUAAACACGUCAAAAACGACACUCCGCGAAGCUAAUGCCAACAGCAGAGAGAAACUAUCUCGUAUCGACAACUCCCUCUACCCAGACAUACCUGGUCCAGUGUUGUCGAAAGAUUCAUUAAGAGACUUCAGCGACAGUGUUAGCUCCAAAGAAAACACUCACAGCAUGAGAGGCAUGGAAACCGUUUCCAACAAAGAGCCCAGUUUUGGUAAACAAUCUGGAUAUCCAACCGAAACUGGUUUCAGUAGUAAAGCAUUGGGAACCCACAAUGAAACCGGUUUCGGCAACGAAUCUUUGAGUGGUGAAAAGGGUAAUUCUGGUGUGGAAUCUGGUUUCGGUAAAGACGUGAAUGUUGAGACCUCGUCUCGAAUCCAACAGGAGCUUAAUGAGCUGGGUAAAAUCCAGACGAUGAAGCGGGAAGAGCUGGCCGCGUUUCAGAAGGAGAAGCAACGGAUGUCGCUGGAACACGCGGCGCGCAUGUCCCGACUUCAGGACGAACAGGAGAAGAUUAUGAAGCUGGAGGCCAUCAGGAAAAAGGAAGAGAGGGAUGUUGCGGAUCUCCUGAGAAAGAAGAGGAAUUUACAAGAACAGAUGAACAGGGAAGAAACUCGUCAGGAGGCUGAGAUCCAGGAGAGUGAUUUGGAGGAAAAACAAAGAUUGCGUGAGUUGGAUCACAUGAAACAGAUGGAGGCGGAGAGAAAGAGGAGACAGGAGGAAGUCGACCGACUACGGAAGGAGAGAAAACUGAAGGAGGAUGAAAAGAAGAGAGUAGAACUUGAAAGGGAGGUCAAAGGUCAAGAGGUCCGAGACCAAAUUCUUCUUGAAAUUGCCGAGAAGACCCGGCAGGAAGAGGAUCAGUGGAAGCGAGAGCUGGCGUCGGCUAAAGAACACGCCGAGAAGAUCCGACUCGCAGACGAGGCGGCGAGACAGAGGAUGGAGGAGGAGAAACAAGUCGCAGAACGACAGCGGAAGUCAGAGGAAGACAGAAAGAAGAAGGAAGAGGAAGAGCGGAGGAAUAGAGACGCUGUUCUGAUGAAGAUGAAGGAAGAUGCAAGGAGAAAACAGAUUUUGAAAGAACAGCAGGAAAAAGAACAGCGAGAAGAGGAGGAGAGAAAGCAGAGAGAAAAAGAGAAGCUUGAAAGGGAGAAGAUGGAGAGAUUGAAGAAGGAGGCAGAUGAGCGAAUGAAGGCGGAGGCGGAACGACGGAAAACAGAGGAAGCUGUGCGAGCCCAGCAAGCAAAGAAAAUAGCCGAAGAAAAACUGCGACGGAUAAACGACCCACACCCACAGUCUAAAAUUGUGCCAUCCACCAACAUGCCUGUUGGUUGGGAAAAACGACUAGACCGAGCCACCAACCGAUAUUUCUACAUCAACCACAACAACGGCACCACACAGUGGGAACCGCCGGUGUUACCGACCCCGCAGUCAGGUAACUACACAACAAAGUUGAAGGAUGAACCAACUGCGUCGUCAUCAGGGUUAAAGCGAUCGUUUUCUUCUCCCGACUUGAUGAAGAUAAACGAACAAGAAACCUUUCCCAGUGUUGACCGUGCGGGUAAACCAGCUGAGAGAUUUCAGACUGAUGUUCGCCCACUGAAGCCGGUUCAGAGAGUGGUCAAGAGACGCGACCUCAACCCAAUCUAUGGAAGUGUGGGCUCGGCACUCACGGGUUUGCGGAACCUCGGCAACACAUGCUACAUGAAUUCUACGAUUCAGUGCCUCAACAACACUUCACCACUUGUGUCCUACUUCCUCACAGACAACUACUAUACCGACAUUAACAGAGACAGUUUUCAAGGCAUGCAUGGUGAGGUGGUAGACGAGUUUGCCGUUGUCCUCAAGGCGCUGUGGUCGAGACAGUACCGAUGCAUCACGCCGCGCGACCUCAAGCUCACUGUCGGCAAGUACAACCCGAUGUUUGCUGGGUACGAGCAACAAGACUCCCAGGAAUUCCUCACCUUCCUGCUCGACGGUUUGCACGAGGGACUCAAUGAGGUAAAACGCCGUCCAUCGAUACCGGACCAGGAUAAUGAUAACUUUCCCGAUCAACAAGCUGCCGAUCUAGCGUGGAAAAACUAUAAGUUGCUGCACCGGUCUAUUAUUGUGGAGCUAUUUCAGGGGCAACUGAAGUCAACACUACAGUGUAAGAGUUGCGGCAAGCAGUCGAAGACAUUCCAGACUUUCAUGUUUCUGUCUGUGCCUAUACCUUCGUCAUCGAAGUGUUCACUCAGUGACUGUAUCCGAGAGUUUCUUAAACCGGAGCGGCUCACCGGAGACAGCAAGUGGCGGUGUCCACGUUGCAAGGUCGACAGAGACGCAACCAAGAAAAUAGACAUCUGGAAACUACCCCCAAUACUUCUCAUUGGUCUGAACAGGUUUGUCCGGGACGGCAUGUGGGUUCAGAAGACGACCAGCUACGUUGAUUUCCCACUGUCUGACCUCGAGCUGACCGACUGGGUCCAGGGCAUCAAACCGAAGAGUAGAUACAACCUGUACGGCGUGUCUAACCACUAUGGAACAAUGGAAGGAGGCCAUUACACAGCGUUUUGUCGUAAUCCCGAAUCAAGACGGUGGCACAAGUUUGACGAUCAUGAGGUCUACGAGAUGUCCACUUCAGAAGUGAAGAGUCCGGCAGCGUACUUCCUGUAUUACACGUCGAUAGAAAUGUUGCCACCAUCUACUCGUUUGUGAUUGGUUCGUCCAAGAGAUGAAUGCAGCAUCUGAUUGGUUGACCUGAGGAAUACACAGCUUGUGAUUGGCUGGACUGGAAAAUAGACAGCUUGUGAUUGGCUGAACUGAAAAAUAAACAUCUUCUGAUUGGCUGGACUGAAAAAUAAACAGCUUGUGAUUGGCUGAACUGGAAAAUAGACAGCUUGUGAUUGGCUGAACUGGAAAAUAGACAGCUUGUGAUUGGUUGAACUGAAAGAUAUAUACUUUUCCAUUGUUCACCUGGAAGAUACUGAGUGUUUUUUUAUUGGUUGACCUAGGAUAUAUACAGCCUCUGAUUGGCUGACCUAGGAUAUAUACAUUUUCUAAUUUGUUGACAUGGAAAAUUUGUUGAACACACACACACAAACAGAAUGCAUGCAACUUGUAACUGGCGAAGUCAGAUGUUAUGCCCAAGAAGCAUGCCAAAAAUUGCCCAUACCCACAUAUGGACAUAACUGUUUGGUUAAAAUAUUUUGCUUUUGAGCAAUGUUGAUGAAGGUGUUUGCCCGACCCCAUUUUGCCCGUAAAGUUCCUUACAGCAGUUAUUAGGGUAUCCUCGGGUACUCGCGUACUCGGGUACGGGCCGAGGCUAGCAAGUCAGUUCACAGGACUCGAGUACCCGUGCAAGGAAGAGCACUCUCAUUUAAUUAUAUUCAGGGCAGUAGCUAGUGUAGGGGGCAAGGAAGAGCACUCUCAUUUAAUUAUAUUCAGGGCAGUAGCUAGUGCAGGGGGCAAGGGAGGCAGUUCCCCCCUGAUAUUUUUUUAUGUCAUUUUACUAUAUGCUUGCCGCCAGUUACAUUAUCGGUCUGUGAGACAUGGAGGGAAAACAAGUAGAAUGUGUGGAAUACAAUACAAUGGCAUGAUUUGGCAUCCAUGUUCAACGCUGGAAUUAAGAUCCAUAAUGAUAUUUUACUUUAUUCUAAGAGGCAUGGCCCGGACCCCCUAGUGUCUUGCCCCUUCCAUGCUUGUUUGUUCCAAGAAUUCAUCUGGCCUCCCACCCAAAAAAAUGCUAUUUUACUUUAUUCUAAGAGGCAUGGCCCGGACCCCCUAGUGUCUUGCCCCUUCCAUGCUUGUUUGUUCCAAGAAUUCAUCUGGCCUCCCACCCAAAAAAAUGCUAUUUUACUUUAUUCUAAGAGGCAUGGCCCGGACCCCUAGUGUCUUGCCCCGUCCAUGCUUGUUUGUUCCAAGAAUUCAUCUGGCCCCCCCACCCAAAAAAUGCUAUUUUACCUUUUUCUAAGAGGCAUGGCCCGGACCCCAUAGUGUCUUUCCCCUUCCAUGCUUGUUUGUUCCAAGAAUUCAUC